AUGAAAGAGAUGAAAUGGUAUCUGAUCAAUAUGGCUUGUUGGACAAGAGCAAUGGAUCUAAUGUAUUCUCUCUUUGUUAUUCCAUAUUUUUUCAUUCCAACUCUUGUCGUACUUCCAGUUGGCGUAUUCAGUUUGAUUGGAGUGCCCACUCAAAUUCAGCUUGUUAUGCUUGUGAUUAUCAUUACUGCGGAAAUGUGUCGUCUUUAUCUGUUGUUUCUCCUUUUCCUCUCCACGUCAGCCUCAGAUUUCUUUGAUUUCGACUGGGAUUCUCCAUAUGAAUCAACUGAAGACGUGCGUUACCUAGGAAGAGACGAUGGACGAACACCCUCUGAAAGAGGAGCACACGAACCGAGUACUCAAUACCUAAUGCACGAAAGAUUCAAGGAGGACAUGUUGGCAGUUCUACAGAAAAGGAGUCGUGCUCAUUUUGACGAUUUGGCCCGUUAUUUCAAUUCGAAAAUACAAAUUCAGUCCUGUUUCGCUUCUGGAAAAAAUUUGAAUGCUGAUCAACUGUAUCAGCUUAUGAUCCAUUUGUCUGCUUAUUAUCGAGUUUGGAGUAACGUGGAAUUCGAAACCCGUGACUUGGCUGGUCCGAAGUACGCUUUCGCAAUCAUGCGUCACAAUGCGACCAUUCACGAUGGAAGUCAAAUAGCUGGUAAAUGGAAAUACGAAGCUUCGUUCUACCGCGGGUGGAAUUCCUUUCUGAUUGAUCAUCUCACUUUUGUUGGAAGUUGUCGAGGCAUUCCACAGACUGCACCACAAGAUCCAUUGGAAGAUCCUGAUCAUUUCGUUGAGAGAGUCAGAACAAAGCUGGUCAGUGAUUUAUUCUUACCGUACGGAUAUUUCAAAAAACUGGAGAAUUUUGAAGAUUUCGGUGAUUGGAUAACUGAAGCUGCUCAGUUUGUGGUUUGCGAUGAACCAAAAAUGAACAAGAAGGAAUUCAUCAAAUUUAUGGCAGAAAGAUAUCACGGAAUACGGAGAUACUCGGACAACGUAUUCAAUUAUACAAAGAAUCAACAAAAUAUUGAAAUAACUUUCUCUACAACUUGGGAAGCUCCAAACACAACUCUCUACCGUGACACUUACACGUUUCGUGUCAAGAAGGAAGAAGACUAUGUUCCUCAACUGGAUAACUCAUUCAGUUAUUGGCGUAUCUACUGGGUCACGAAAAAGUGUACUGUAGAUCGAACCAGACAUCCUGCUAUUUUGGAUGGCGCAAACAAUUUGAUGGAAGUGAACAAACGAUUCUGUGGAAUGAUUGACGGAGAAAAUUGGGAUGUAUUCCAGUCAUUUCUUGACCUUUUUGACCCAAAAGAUACGAUAUGGGGAGCGUGUGUUGGUGCACGAGAUCUGGGUUACGACAAGAUUCGAGAACAUAUGGAGAAAGUGGCUAUGAGAUAUGCGAAGUGUGUGGUUACUCGAGUUAACAUCAGGAAUCUGAUCCGAGCGGAAUUCGCGACGACAUUUACGAUGAGUAGAGCCACGGACAUUCAGGAACAAGAAGAAGUGGACGUUGGGUUCUCCGGAUUCAAGGAUAAGGACGGAUACUGGAGAAUGAAUCGAAUGUAUUUUUUGUGUGAUGAAACCACCCAAAAGAGAAAAUUCAUUGAGUUGUAA